AGCAGUGUCAGUCAGUCAGUGUUCCGCGUGGCAGCUCGGGAAGAGGAGCUCGCCGGUCCUUCUCCUCCUCCUCUUGCUGCGUCGCCUCCACCACCACUCCCACAUCCAGAGCGACCACUUUUCAUCUCUACAAAUCUCCUUUUUUUUACCCUGGGUACCACAGGUCGCCCUAUUAAUACACCGCCUGGCUUGACAUCCAAUUUCAUUAAAAUAUAAUUAAUCGAAUCGUUCAUGAUUAUCAUUUUUUUCUCCCAAAAGCAAACGAAAGGAAAAUAAAAUCGAAUUCAGGAUCAGCGCAACGUUAGUGUGUGUUACAGUGAUAUAAUCGUGUUUCCCUGCUCCUCCUACUCCUACUCCUCCUCCUCCUCCCCCUCCUCCUCCUCCUCAGCCUGACUCUCCCACCUGUUUCUCGACGUUUCGCGUUUCUUCCUUCCUUCCUUCCCAUCUUUCUCGUGGUUAUAUUUUUAGCACCUGGUUGUUUGUGUCUUUCUCUGUGGCCUCUCUAGAACUCUCGGGGCUACGCGUUCUCGAAGUCCCAGUACCCAAAACUUCGGGCAGUGCGCGCACCUACCCCAGUCGGUCUCUGGUGCCCAUCAAAAUUGUGUUCAGUGCCCCUGAGGAAAGUUUACCUGUGACUGAUCUGAAGACCUUCCCUUCAGGUCUCCGUAGCCGUCUUCGUUUUACACAGAAGUACACAGCAGAGGUUUAGUCUCCUUCAUCUUAUCAGCGCCGAAGGAAAUACAAGGCUUCUCAAGAUGGCCGCAGCGGGCGUAAUAGAAACGCUUCCAGCACUGAAAAAAUCCAACAAAAUGUGGGACGACAAGGAACUCCCGGGCUUCUUCAAGGACUACUUCAAGAUGGUGCGCACCGCCGUCACCAACGACCAGUUCAACCAAUUCUCGAAGCUGAAGACCAACGAGGAACGCGUCCGGUUCGUGUUCGGCAUCCCAGCCGCGCACGACAUCGACAUCAAGCCUUACUUCAAGGGAAAGUCCGAGAAAGAGGCCCUCGAGAAGAAGGAGGCGGGAAACAUGUGUUUUGGCAAAAAGAAUAACUUAGAGGCAUUAAAGCUUUACAGCCAGGCGGUAAUUAAGGCACCUGUGCCCUCGGGUAAAUAUUGGAAGCUGAUCAAGGAGUGCGCGGAUCCGAAGAAGAUGACCCUGUAUGCUAUCUGCCUGGCUAACCGAUCAGCGGCACUCUACCACCUCAAGGAUUACAGGCACUGCGUCAAAGACAUAGACGAGGCACUGGAACAUCACUACCCAAGGGAGCUGAAGUAUAAAUUAUACAAGAGAAAAGCGCGACUCCUCUCACACAUGAAGCAACACGAGGAUGCCAGGGAGGCCUACCGCCAGGCGUUGAAGUGGCUGGACUGGGCCAAGAUGGAGAGAGAGAAGAGGAUCGAACACCAGAACGACAUACAGAAGUGGCUGAAGCUUUACGAGGCUGGCAAAGGAGCUAAAAAUUUCGAAAUGGACCCAGAGCCGGUCGAGAUGCAGCUUCCAGCCAUCCCGGACGUCGCUGGUGGUAGACAUCUCAAGUACCCGUCCCUUUCCAAAAAGGUGGACGUCCGGUGCGACAAUCAACAAGGCCGUUACGUCGUGGCCGUCGAGGACAUAGAGCCUGGAGACACCAUAUGCGCCGAGAAGCCUUUCGCGGCCGUCCUCCUUCGCGACAUGUUCGGAACUCACUGCCAUACAUGCUUUAAAGUACCAAAGGCACCCAUCCCUUGCAAGAAAUGUUCAAACGUAGUCUUUUGCUCUGUGGAAUGUCGCCAGGACGCCUACUUCCACACAACAGAGUGUCCUAUCCAAGACCUCCUUCUGGGAUCCGGUAUGUCUAUCAACUGCUUCCUUGCCAUCCGACUUCUGGUUCAGAAACCACUGUCGUUCUUCCUAAGCAUCAAGGACGAAAUUGUGUCGGAAACGUACAAGGAAAAACUGAAGGAGAAGGAGAUCUACGAUCCGGAAGACUUCUUCCGUCUGUAUGACCUGGUUUGUCACUCGGAGAGACGCACCAGCGAGGACUACUUCCACAGGGUAGUGAUGGUGGUCUUCAUGGUGAAGGCGCUGAAGAAGACCAAGUACUUCGAGGACAAGGGCACUGGCAUCAAUUACCCACUGCUUAAGGAAGAAGGUGACACAAUCAGUGAAACAGAGGCAUAUGUUGGCUCUUUGUUGAUGCAUUUCCUUGAGAUUGUCCAAUUCAACUCCCACGAAGUCUCCGAGUUCUGGCUAACAGGUCCAAAAACCCUUAGCGAUUCCAAGAAUGAAUCUCUGGGUGCUGCAAUUUACCCAACACUUGCUCUCUUCAACCACUCUUGCAUCACAGGUCAAGUCAGGUAUUUCAGUGGCAGCAGCGCUAUCACGAAAUCCAUUCGGUUCAUCCCGAAGGGGGAGCAAGUUCCCGAAAACUACGGCCAGAGCUUCACUUCGGCCUCGAGGUCGGAGAGGAGACAGUAUUUGUUUGACAGAUACUGGUUCGAGUGCUGCGAGGCAUGCGUGAAAGACUGGCCCAAGUACCAAGACAUGUCGAACACCGUCUUGAACUUCAAGUGCAGGAAGUGCACGGGGCCUCUUGCGGUCAACACCGAAACCGCCUUGAACCCGAUCAUCAAGUGCGAGAAGUGCGGUGAGCAGACAAACAUUAUGGCCGCUCUCAAAAACCUGCAGAACUCAGAGCAGACGUACUUGAGCGCGGGCAAGGAAAUGGAGAAUUUCAACCUCGACAAAGCAGAGAGCUUACUCAUGGAAAACCUGAAGCAGCUAGAAUCCAGCCUCUACCCCCCUUACAAGGACUACCACCAGACCCAAGAAGCCUACAUGCGCGUCAUGCUCGCCAAAGGAGGCAACUACAGGGUCAAACAGCCUAAAUCUGAAGAAUAGACUUAUUAGGGGAAUAUAUAUUCUAGGUUUAUAAACAAUUUUCUAAACGCCAUAGCGCUAACGAGGUUAGGAUACUGUAUAAUCAUAAUGGACACAAAAGAGAAUAAUAUGAAAACACCAGUUCUCCCUCCUUGUACAUGUAUAAUUAUUUAGGUAAUGAUAUUAGAACCGAGACUUGCCAUUGCAGGUGCAAUGAAAACGAGUACAUUUCUGCAUCUCAGUGUCAGCUUAAUCAUUAUAUUAAUCAAGGUCACGACCUAAUUAAAGGCAUCAAAAUAAUAUAGGGGUGUUGUAACUUAUGUUGUCUUUGUCUGAAUGGCAGGUCAAAUGAAGAU